UGAAGGCUCUCGUGAAAAAAUUGACAAACAGUCAACUGCACGUGCUCAGAGUUAUGGAGAGCAAACCGAAAGUAGCUAAAGUGGAGGAGCCCUCUAAUGGAAUGGAAGUCGAUACAGGUGCAUCUAAUCAUGUUGAUGAUCGCAAGGAACAAAGUCUGAAAGAAGCUCCAUCGACAGCGUCUGGUUCGAGGCCUCCUGCCUCUGAAAUGACGAGUGCCGAUUAUUAUUUUGAUUCUUACGCACAUUUUGGAAUCCAUGAGGAAAUGAUCAAGGAUGAAGUGCGUACAACAACAUAUCGUAAUGCAAUGUACUAUAACAAGCACUUGUUUCGAGACAAAGUAGUUCUUGAUGUGGGCUGUGGCACUGGAAUUUUGUCCAUGUUUGCUGCGAAGGCUGGUGCAAAACAUGUGUAUGCUGUUGACUUCUCUUCAAUCAUUGAUUACAGCAAACAGAUAAUCAAGGACAAUAAUUUUGAAGGAGUGAUCACCCUCAUCAAAGGUAAAAUAGAGGAAAUUGAGCUGCCUGUUGGACAGGUUGAUAUUAUCAUCAGCGAGUGGAUGGGUUACUGUCUUUUAUAUGAGUCCAUGUUGGAUACAGUGUUGUUUGCUCGUGAUAAAUGGCUGAAACCAGGAGGACUUUUGUUCCCAGACAAGGCACAACUGUAUCUCUGUGCUAUUGAGGACAGGCAGUACAAAGAGGACAAAAUUUACUGGUGGGACAAUGUUUAUGGCUUUGAUAUGAGCUGUAUCAGAAAAGUUGCCUUGACUGAGCCUCUAGUGGAUGUGGUGGAGGCUAAGCAAGUAGUUUCUAAUUCCUGUCUUGUAAAGGAAAUUGAUUUGCAUACCGUGAAGAAAGAAGAUUUGUCAUUCAGUGCACCUUUCCAGCUAUAUUGUAGGCGGAAUGAUUAUGUCCAUGCACUUGUUGCUUUCUUUACCAUUGAAUUCACACAUUGUCACAAGAGGACUGGGUUCUCAACUGCUCCAGACUGUCACUAUACUCAUUGGAAGCAGACUGUCUUCUAUCUCCAAGAUUAUCUUACGGUCAAGUAUGGUGAAGAGUUGUAUGGAGAUUUUAAAAUGCAGCCAAACCCCAGAAAUAAUCGUGAUUUGGAUUUCACAAUCAGUGUAAAUUUCAACGGAGAGCUCUGUAAUUAUCAAGCUUCAGACAACUACAGGAUGCGAUAGUACCAGAGUCAAAGCCUCUACGUGUACAGAAACAAGACGAUAUUCUUAAUAUAAAGGAUGCUGCUGGCUAGCAUGUCGUUUGUAGAGCAUAUUUCUGACGAUAUUAUUACCAGAUUACAGUAUCACGUUUACGAAGGAAACUUCAGCAUCUUCUAGAUGUAGAGUUGCCAGGUAUAGCCUGGUAAGAAUUCUCUUUGUCUUCAUUCAAGAACUAGAGUUAGGGCUACUUUCAACAUAGCUGGCAAACUAUUGACAAACUUGAUAGUGACAUAACGAACACACUGGCUAUAAUGGUGAUAACCUUAUGGUAAUGAGGGAAGGAAGCGAGAUUAAAGAACUAGUUAAACUAGAUCGAUCAUAUUGUUAUCUGGAAACUGGCAGGGGAACAUAGACAAAUAUCCAACGUAAUGCGUAAAUCAUUGGACGACAAAAUUUCGAAAUUGACAUGUAAUAUGCUAUUUCGAAACAUGAAUGAUGAUUUAUUCUUAUCUCAGACAUGCUGUGCGUCAUUAUUCAAAUAUCCUUUGUUAGAUAAUCUCAUGUACAGGUGUUGUUUGGUGCCAUCAGGCAAAGUGUUGUUUACCUCUCGCUGUUUGAGACUCUUGUAUUUGUUCAGUUUUCAGAUAAGAGCACUUCAAAUACUAGACAUUGCUUUGUUGUUACCUCCGUCCCAUUUAGUUUUGUCUUGCUUAGUUUAGCUUGCCGUGUGAAGAAAGGCAGUUCACAUUUUUUUUCCACCAGCUUGUUUAAAUUUUUCUUACCUAACCUACUUUAACUAACACUUAGCCUGGGUAAACCAACUCCUCUUGAGCGUUAAUUAUAAAAUAGUUUAAAUUAUUGCGAAAAUGUGAGCCAAAAAAAUGUAGUACCCAACAAUUCCUAAUAUAAAAUAAUAAACGGAGAUUUUGACCACA